AUGAUCUUGGAGCGAACCCCUAAUCCUCCCAUUCCCCCACCCCCAAUAUGUAGUUACAGUGAAAAGCCUUCAAUGUGGGAAGAUCUUAUCGACAACAGAUUUUCCAUGCUUGCUGAGGCAGAAACAGAUGUGGACCCACUGUUAGUUUGGCAAGGGUGCAGGGACGAUGGGACGGUAGCUCCGCCCUUUGUGAAGAUGGUUCUUGAGGAAGACAAACUCGGUAAUGCCGACUGGGAUGCUCCCAGGGAGCGCUCCACGUGCAUGCUCCUCCCUAAAAAGCCACUGAAGGGCCUGCUGCAUGGCCCAGGAAUCCAUGCUGCUGUGAGGACAGACCUAGUCACAGUGAUCAAGGCUUCUUCCCCGUGA